GAGAGUCCAAAGAUUACUGGCCUAUUUUUAUGGCAGCUCGCACGUUUCUGUGCUUCUCAUGAAGACUUCAGUGCUGCCAUUCACUUGUCACAUUUUCAACAUGACCAAGGGACAACAGGACGUGUUUGCCUUAGAGGAUUCCUCCCAAGAACGAGGACCCACGCUGACAUUCAGCAACCUGCACUACUGCAUCCCGGAGAGCAAUUGGUGUCGAAAGAAACAUCCGGAAAAGUACAUCCUCAAAGAUGUUAGCGGCAUCAUGAGACCCGGCAUGAACGCCAUCAUGGGUGCCACGGGAAGCGGUAAAACAUCGCUCUUGGAUGUCAUCGCCGGGAGAAAAGAUCCCGCCGGGCUCCGGCAAGGAAGCGUCUUGGUGGAUGGCAAGGUUGUGACCUCCAAACUCAGGCUCAGUUCCGCGUAUGUGGUCCAGGAUGACAUCCUGAUGGGAACGCUGAGCGUGCGGGAGAAUCUGCGCUUCAGCGCCAACCUGCGUCUCGACCCCCGACGCCACUCGUCCGCCGACAAACGCCAUCGAGUGGACGCCCUCCUGGACGAGCUGGGCCUGAACAACUGCGCGGACACCAAGAUCGGGACAGAGUUCCUGCGCGGCGUGUCGGGUGGCGAGAGGAAGCGCUGCAGCAUCGGUAUGGAACUCAUCACCUCCCCGGCUCUCCUUUUCCUGGACGAGCCCACCACGGGCCUGGACUCCAACACGGCCAACUGCAUCAUCGGUCUACUGCACGAACUGUCGAGGCGAGGCAAGACGGUCAUCUUCUCCAUCCACCAGCCUCGCUUUUCCAUCUUCCGACGCUUCGACCACCUGACGCUGAUGCACAAAGGCGAGGUGGUGUACGCGGGGGCGGCCCACCAGACCCUCCAAUACUUCACCGACCUCGGCUACCAAAUCGAGUCCUUCGACAACCCCGCCGACUUCUUCAUGGACAUCACCAACGGCGAGGCAAAGUCCUCCCUCGAGGAAGUCAAUACAAGUGAGCGUAAGAACAUCCUGGCGGUCAAGUAUUAUCAGUCGCAGCUGUGCCAAGACACGCUGCGCCAUCUGGACUGCAUCAACCGCGCGGUCGCAGACAGGGUCAAAGUUCAGGAAGAGGUGGAUGAUUACGCCACUUCUUUCCUCUACCAGCUGCGCGUGGUGUGCGGUAGGACGGUGCUGAACACGCUGAGGAACCCGGAGACAUCGUACGCCCAGCUGGCUCUCACCAUUUUCUUUGCUGUCCUGGUGGGCCUCAUUUAUUUCCAAAUGCCCUUAACCCUGCCGGAAGCGUUGCAGAACAGGACCGGCGCCUUCUUCUUCCUCAUCAUCAACAUGGUGUUUGGGAAUCUCUCUGCCGUGGAGCUCUUCAUCAACGAGAGGGCCAUCUUCAUCCACGAAAACUCCAGCGGCUACUAUCGCACGUCCGUCUACUUCCUGUCCAAGAUCUUCGCCGACCUCAUCCCCAACCGCAUCAUUCCCAUUUUUGCCUUUUCCGUCAUCGCCUACUACAUGAUGGGACUGAAGUCGGCGCUGACGGCCUUCCUGCGCUUCGCGCUGACCAUGUCCAUGGUCAGCCUGGCGGGGGUCAGCUUAGCCUUCCUGGUGUCGGCCAGCGUGUCGUCCUUCGCCAUGGCCAACAUCUUCAUCGCGCUCCCCUUCGUCUUCAUGAUGGUUCGGUCCGAGCGCGCCCCUCGCUCCUCUGCGGCGUCUUGCAUCGCGUUUGUCCUUUUUGCGCAGGUGUUUGGCGGCUACCUGGUCAACCUCAACGCCAUGCUGAGCUGGCUGUCCUGGCUCAAGUGGAUCAGCAUCUUCAAAUAUGGACUCAAUGCUGCGUUCAUCAACGAGAUGGCGGGACAGUUGUUCUCCACCAACACCACCACCAUCCCGGGCGAGCUGUUCCUCUGGACUCAGGACAUCGACUACUCCGCGUGGGGCUUCUGGCAGAACCAGGUGGCCCUUCUUGGAAUCAUCGUGGUCUGCAUGACCCUAGCCUACGUUCAGUUGCGCAGGAUCAACCGAUGGAAGUGAGCCGUGAUCUUGAAUUUGCGCUCAGGUGAAAAGGGAGGAAUUUUGCGCCCUGUGGCAAGUUAGGGGAAAAAAAACAUUCGCCGAUACCAGUUUCCCGGCAGACAUCAAGACAAUCGUCAGUCACAACAUUUUAACAUGUUUUAUUAUCUUAUUGUGGAUUUUGUGUCCUACAUAUUUGUUUUCAGCCACUUGCUCCAAAAUGCGGAGCCAAUUCCCAAACUUCGCUUCUCACGACCAUCCAAAGGUGUAGAAAAGAUACAACUCUGAACAAAUUUCCGUACAAUAAUGCCAACAUUUUUAUGACUCAUUGCUGACCAUUCAAACAGGAACUCAAAAACAACUUUUCGUGAGAUGCAAGCACAGAUGCUAACAAAUCACUGGCAGGAAGAUAUCGCUAUCAUCGGAAACAUUUUCUCGUUGCAUUUCUGUUCAGAUUUUGACACCUUGAACAUAUGAAUGUAGACAAAAAAAGCAAACACUUCAAAACAUGUUUUCAUGACAUGCUGGACUCCACGCCAAUGUUCUGCGAGCACAAUAAUGCAGCACAUUCAGCUCCAUGUGCACGUCGACUUAUUUGAACAUUAUUAAGAGCAGAGCAAGCAUUUACAUUCAAGCACACGCGGUACCAUGCAAACGUGGCUUGAUCUGUCCGUUCCACAGCAGCAAGAAGGGAGCCGCCGCAGGAAGUAGACGCCAGCGUCAAAGUUAGUCUCGCCGAAAAGGCGCUGAGGACAUGAGCCACUAGCGGCUAGCUGCUAACAAUAGCAUUAAAAACACGUUGGACCUCCUCGCUCUCUCGCCUGUUUGGUUCUCAGUAUUUUUGUCAAUAAAGUUUGACUCAUCAAGAC